AUGAGAAACAUUCCAAUCAACCACUACACCAAAAAAGCGCUAUGGUCUCUUGGAGAUUUUGCUGCUCAAGUAGUGGAAGUGGCUUUUGAUCCAGAUAAACCUCAAGUUAAAGACUACGUAAGGGUUCUUGUUAAGUUUGAUGUUUCGAAACCUCUGCGAAGAUCAAAGAAAGUGACGUUACCAGGAGGCGAGGUUGUUAACAUAUUGUAUGAUUAUGAAAGGCUUCAGAAAAUAUGCUACACGUGCCAAAAACUUACUCAUAGGCAAUCUGUAGCAUCUCCGUCCCGUAGUCUGAGCUGGAUCAGUCCAAGGUCGAGUGUUAGUUAA